CCGCAGCCCCGCGAGGCCCUGACCCCACCUUACAGACUGGGGGAACAGAGGCUUGGAGAAGCUGAGCGACUUGUGCAUUUGCACACGACUUGAAAGGGACGGAGCCGGGGUUCAGAGAGAGGCUGGUGCCCAGGACCCCGCACCCCGUCUCAACAGACAGUCCUGGGUUCCAGUCUUGCUGCCCUUCAAACCCUGUACUUGUCAGUCAUUCCACACAGACUUCUGAGCCACUGGUGUGCACCACACAUGGUUCUGGUUGCUGGAACAGCGCCAGGGGCCAGGGACAGCCCGGGCAGAGCUUGGCAGAGGGGCUGGCAGCACCGGGGGUGCCACACACCACCACAGGCAGCCUGGGAUGGCCCAGCCACCUGGCCUGCUCAGUCCCCCCGAGGCCUGGCGUACCAUUGCCUGUGUGCACACACAGGGGGGCGGGACAAGCUGGAAGGGGCUCCCCAGCCCAACUGCUGUGCCUCUGCAUCUUCCAGUCGCUGCAGCCUGGCAGAGCCCUGGGGGUGAGAGGCCCGCGUGAGUUCUCGUGUGUGGGGGCCGUCUGGGACAUCCUGGCUCCUCAUUCUCACCCACAGCUCCUUAGCAAACGUGCUUUCUUGGUCCUCCCUGCCUCGCUCACCUGUCUGCCCCUUCCUCCAGGAAGCCCUCCUUGAUGCCCUCGGCCACCAGCAGCCCUUCUCAGGGGUGUGCCCCCUCAGGUUGUGGCACCACCGCCCACCCCUGAGCUCAGGAGCCGUCAUUCCUCAGAAGGGGCGCUUCCUCCAACUGCCCGGGUCAGCUUCUGCUCCGAGCCUGGCACUGGCAGUCCCUCCCCCUGGCUGUGCCGGGCUCAUGCUCACUUUGUUGAGGCUCGUGCCCGGCGAGGCCUAGCUGGCUGUGCCAGAGUGGAAGCUCUUACCCUCUCUCACACCACCCUCUAGCACACCAGCGCCUGCCCCCAGCAUGGUGAGAACCCCGGGGAGCAGGGCGGGAGCGGUCAUGCUCUGUCCCACACCUAGACAAGUCCAUCUGUGUUAGCCGAGUCACCAAGCACCAAGGAAGACGUCGGCCCACCCCCACCACAACCACGUGACAGAAUGCGGGGUGGGGGGCACUCACCCAGUCCCCACCCCCACUGAGAAAGAAAGGAGGCCGAGGGAGCUGCGCCGUGCUGGAGUCGCUCCCAGAGCUCUCCGGUGGGGCUCCGCACCCCUCCCUGGGCUGCUGGGAGCUCCGAGCCCCUCCUCCCUCUUCUGGACCCCCUCCUCCCUCUUCUGGACCCCCUCCAGGCCUGCGUGCAGCCCAGGGGCCGAGCUGGGGCAGACGAGGGCCCCUGGCACGGUUGGAAGGGACCUCUGUGAGCAUCUCUAACUCCAUUCUCCAGGUGACACAGAGGACACAGCCAGGGACAGGGAGGGGCGUGGGCAAGGCCACGCCGCCCGUCAGUGUGGCGGCCCCAAGAAACGCAGCUCUCCCGACUGCCAGCCCCUGGCCCCUCUCUGGCCUCUGAGCCCUCCCCAAGUGGCCCCCUCACCCUUCCCCUCUUCCUAGGGCCAUGUGCGGGAGACCCCGGGGCCACAGGACCCUGCUGCCCCGUAGGUGUCCGGGCAGAAACAGGACUCCAUGAACAGCCAGUCUGCCCUCCCCAAGCCGCGGUGCGCAUGGCCUGCCGGGCUGUGCAGGCGGUGGGCCGCGGGCAGAGGCAGGGCCAGGAGACGCCAUGCUGAUUUCCCCGGGGCAGGGAGACGGAGGAAGUCGCUGCUGGUCUGCGUGCUCGAGGUCUUGGCAGAGGGGGCCGGGGCCGAGGGCAGGGAAGGGCAGGGAGAGGGUCGGAAGCUGGCUUUGCUUCUCCCCACUUGUUUUUUUUUUUUUUUUUAAUAUUUAUUUAUUUGAGAGGCAGAGUUACAGAGAGAGGGAAAGACAGAGAUCCAUCCGCUGGUUCACUCCCCAAAUGGCGGCAACAGUCAGAGCUCCACUGACCCGAAGCCAGGAGCCAGGAGCUUCUUCCGGGUCUCCCACGUGGGUGCAGGGGUCCAAGCCCUUGGGCCAUCUUCCACUGCUUUCCCAGGCCAUUAGCAGGGAGCUGGAUCGGAAGCAGAGCAGCUGGGACUUGAACCGGUGCCCGUGUGGGAUGCUGCACCGCAGGCAGAGGCUUUACCCGCUACGCCACAGGUCCAUGCUGAGAGGGACCCAGCGGCAGCUUGGACUUUAUUUGGUUUGCAUGUUCAUCGACUUCACACCUGCUGACCUACUGGUCACCUACUGAGGCUCAGGCCCCACGUGAGCCGCAGGGAUAGGAAACGAAGCCGGCCGGUGCCAUGGCCGUGUGCAGCUGGCACCCAGGCACGAAAUAAGCAAACACACCAAAGACUUCAGUGAGCUGUGAUGGACACUGUGGCUCGACCAGGGCAAGGGCUUGGCCAGAGCCCUGGGUGGGGCAGAGGCUGGGCCGAGGGCAGGGAGUUGGGAAGGCCAUGCCAGGUGGCCAGGGCAGCAGGUGCAAAGGUCCCAGGUGGGAGAGGAAGUGGUGGGCGCAGAGGCCGGGCACUCACGGGGAGAUGAGUGCAGACUGGGUGGGGCCAGACUCCGUGAGCUCCGGGUGGAGUUCGGAUUUCAUGGCAACCAGUGGAGCGUGCAAGCAAGGACGGGCCAUGACGCAGCCGGAACUCCCACUUUUGCUGCUGUUAACUGUGCAGUGCUCGGCAAGGCCGUCCACUCCUUGUCCCGCAUCGGGGAUGAGCUCUACCUGGAACCCAUGGAGGAAGGGCUCUCCCUGCGCACCGUGAACUCCUCCCGCUCUGCCUAUGCCUGCUUCCUGUUUGCCCCGCUCUUCUUCCAGCAGUACCAGGCGGCCACCCCCGGGCAGGACCCGCUGCACUGUAAGAUCCUGAUGAAGUCCUUCCUGUCCGUCUUCCGCUCGCUGGCGAUGCUGGACAAGACGGUGGAGACCUGCUGCAUCUCCCUGAGUGGCCGGAGCAGCCGCCUGGUGGUGCAGCUGCACUGCAGAUACGGGGUGAGGAAGACCCACAACCUGGCCUUCCAGGACUGCGAGUCCCUGCAGGCUGUCUUUGACCCAGCCUCGUGCCCCUACAAGCUCUGCGCCCCCGCACGGGUCCUGGGAGAGGCCGUCCUGCCCUUCCCCCUGGCCCUGGCCGAGGUGACGCUGGGCAUCGGCGCGGGCCGCAGGGUCAUCCUGCGCAGCUAUCAGGACGAGGCAGACAGCUCCCUCAAAGCCAUGGUGACAGAGAUGAGCCUGGGGGAGGACGAUUUCCAGCAGCUGCAGGUCCGCGAGGGGGUGGCCGUCACGUUCUGCCUCAAGGAGUUCCGGGGGCUCCUGAGCUUUGCCGAGUCGGCGAACUUGUCGCUUAGCGUUCACUUCGAUGCUCCGGGCAGGCCGGCCAUCUUCACCGUGGAGGACUCUACGCUGGAUGGCCACUUUGUCUUGGCCACGCUGUCGGAGCCGGACCCGCACUCCCUGGGCCUGGGCUCCCUGGAGCCCUGCAGGCCGGAACCUCGGCUCCAGGCCCACAGCACACCCCACCAGGACGACUUCGCCAGCGACGACAUGGACUCCUACAUGAUCGCCAUGGAGACCAGCGGAGGCAGUGAGGCCCCGUGGGCGCGGCCCUCCGUGUCUCCCUCACCCGGUCCCCAGCCACCCUGCAGCCCCGCACCCCCCUCCGAGGACGAGGACGAAGCUGAGCCCAGUACAGUGCCUGGGACCCCCCCACCCAAGAAGUUCCGCUCCUUGUUCUUCGGCUCCGUCCUGACCCCCAUGCGCUCCCCCCAGGGCCCCAGCUCUGUGCUGGCUGAAGACAGCGAUGGCGAAGGCUGACCCCAGGCUCAGUCGCACCAGCUGGGCCCGGCCUUGGGGUGGCCGCAGCUGUGGAGGGAGCCAGGGCCUCGCCGCCCCGGCAGGAGGCCCCUCGCCACUUUGUCUCCUGCCGGCCCGCACCAGAGACCUGCUCUUUCCUCAGACCCAAGCCACACCUCCGGGAAGCCCUGCGCUGGCACAGGCUGCCGUCUCGCCUUCGCCAAUCCGCUCUGGCUCUGGUCUGGAACUCUAGGAACCUCUGGACCCGAGUGUGUGGC